CGGCUGUCACGCUGAUAAACUGCUAGCGGCGACAAGAAAGUGUGAGAAUAUUCUGGAGCGCUGGAGCUCAGUUUAUAUACACACACACACACUCAGUCACACACACUUAUCACAGAAACACUGUCCCUAAAAACAGACUGCUGACCACUGGACAGACUAACUUCUAACGAUGGCAGAAGGAAAUAGACGCCACCCUCAGAAUUUGCAGGGAGUUUUGCGACUGGCUGUUGAAGCUGGCUCUGCCUCUGAUGGCCCCACACCCCAUGAGCCACUGUCACAGGAGAGGAUGGAGUUCCUGCGGGGGGCACUGGCGGAGGUGUGUAAAGGGCAGAUGGAUGAGGUGGAGCAGAUGAAACAGUGUGUGGCCGUGCUGCUGAGGGAUGAGGGCUGCAGGGAGAGAGGGAGCGAGGGAGAGGGACGGGAGGAGGAAGAGGAGGAUGAAAGAGAGACUGCAUUAGACUUAUUGUCUGAUCUCUGUGAGAAUCUGGACAAUGCAAGAGACCUGAUGAAGAUGGGCGGGUUGGAUGUUUGUAUAUCGCGGUGUUUGCGUCACUCUGAGGCUGGCAUACGCUGGAGGGCAGCUCAGCUGAUUGCCAGCUGUUCCCAGAACAUGCCCGAGGUGCAGGAGUACCUGCUCCAGCAGGGGGUGCUACGCACACUGCUGCAGCUAAUUGACCACGACACACACAGUACAGUCCGUGUCAAAGCACUCUACGCUGUCUCCUGCUUGGUUCGGGAACAGGAGGCGGGUCUGCAGGAAUUCCUGUCUUAUGAUGGUUUCUCUGUGCUGAUGAGGGGGAUGCAGUCAGAGUGUGAGAAGCUCCGAACAAAGUCAGCCUUUCUGCUGCUCAACCUGCUCACCAGCCACCCUGAACACAAAGAUACAGUGUUGUGUAUGGGAAUGGUGCAGCAAUUAGUUGCAGUGCUUCGUUUGCCUCACUCUUCAGUGCAUGAACAUGUGCUUGGUGUCCUCUGCUGUUUAGUGGAGGAAUCUGAGCGAGGGGUUUCGGACUGCAGAGACCCAUCGCUGGGGCUGGAGGAUCUGCUUAACCAGAAGGUCCAUGAGCUACAGGGACGAGAGGAGAGCCAGGAGGAACUGGAGUUCUGUGAACGAUUGCGGGUAGCUUGUUUCCGAGGGCAGCCACAAGAGGAUAAUGGGAUGGACCGCUGAAGUCUUUCAGAAGACCAGUAAUGACUCUUUCUGUGCUGUGAUUGGCCAGGAUGAAGGAGGGAUAGAAUACCUUUUCUCCCUUCAGACAAACUGAAAAGAGAUCUCAAGGCUCAACUGGAAAGAGAUGGAGAGAGAGAGAGACAAACCUGUUUCUUAGUUUUCUGAAUGCACACAGAUCUGUUUACAGCAAGAUACAUGUUUUAUGUACAUAUGUAUACAAUAAAAGUCCAUUGAUACUUA